AUGCCAUGGCUGUUCUGGUCAUCCGGAUCGCAGCGGCAGAUGUCCAGUAAUGAAAACAACACCGACAAAACCACUCCGAUAGUGGGAGAAACCAAUUCCUCGUCCUCCUCCACUCAAUGCGCCAACUGCUCUACUCCCAUCACCACCCCUCCUACAGAUACCUCCAACCAAGUAAAUCCCCCACACCAAACCCAUCGCCCACCCGCACUAGACUGGAACGCCUCUCUCGCCACCCGCGACUGGGCCGGUGACUUCAAAGAUCCCCGCAACCUCAUACCCACCCUCCUUCUCACCAGUGGCAUCCUAUUCUGCGUGCGGAUCCACCGCAAGUACCUGCGCCGCAUCCCCGUCGCGACCAGCAUCUCACCAACCUACUUCCAUAAACGCAGUAUAUUCGGGCGUGUCACGAGCGUGGGUGAUGGGGAUAAUUUCCGCUUGUUCCAUACCCCGGGCGGCCGGCUGGCUGGGUGGGAAUGGUUGCCGUUUCGCAAAGUGCCGACGGCGAAGAAGGAGUUGAAGGAUCGGACUAUCCACAUCCGCCUCGCAGGGGUCGACGCCCCCGAGCUCCCUCACUUCGGCCGCCCAGCCCAACCCUACUCCGACGCCGCCCACACCUGGCUAACAACCUACCUCCUCAACCGGCGCAAUUAA